GAUUGUCGUCCUCUAGAGAAAAAUUAUUAUUAUUAUUAAUAUUAUUUCCCAAACUAACUGAAAAUGUGAAUUAUUACAAAAUGAGUGAAUGCUUUAUUGCAGAAAGUGAAAAUAACACAAAUAAUAUCGUUCCAAGUGUUGGAAUAAUUGGUGGAUAAUUACAAGCAAAGAAAAAAUUUUCAAAGUAAAAGGCGAAUGGGGGAUAGAGAGAAAAAAAUAGAAACAGUAAGAGGCCAAAAAAUAAAAUCACAAUCAAAUAUGCUAGCGCCGCCGGUGACGAUAUACGUUUAAAUAAAUAAAAUAAAUAUAUAACUAACGAGCUAUAUUGGCGAUAUAUGUAAACGAUUCUUAAAGAUUUUGGUUAGAAAACUCUAUCCCAAAAACAAAUUACUAUUUAUAUUGAAAGCUUAUUUGGCCAUCUUUUUUCAAAGCCGCCAGCUUUUAUUGUGUUUUGCUUUUAUAUUGAAAAUGUAUAGACAACAGAGAACCCACCAUCAAAAGUUUGUGAGUGUGUGACAUAGAGAGCGGAGAGAAAGAGAGAGAGGGAGAGUGAGAAAACAUUAAAAGAAAUUAAGCAAAAUAACAAUACUCGAUGAAUAGUUAGUGAAAAAGAAAUUAAAGUUUAUUUUGUUGUAUAGUUUAUUAGGGUUUAAAAGUGUUUAAUGCAAGAGUAGCGGAAAGUAAAACAAGAGCAACACAUUUCCAGUAAAAACAACGGCAAUACUUGGCACCAGCAACAGCCUGUCUGCCUGCUGGCUUGGCCAAAUUUCAACAUCAGCUAAUAAGAAAUAAGCACAUCAUAAUGUCAAUGUUUGUCUUCUUCAGAUAAACAAAUGUACGCCGGUGGUUGGUUGCAAGAGAUCCUGAUAUGAUAUCAGAAUCACUAGUCCAAGUGGUAACAACAAACAACAGCAGCGACAGCGGCUACGAUACCCCAAAUUUCAGCCAACAACUUAACUCCCAUUUUUGUGGGGCAACAAUACUAAGUGGGAGAAGGGGUGCUUCGCUAGCAAGCGACCGAACGAACGAACAAUCGCACAAAUGUGUGUGUAAGUUGGUUGUUUGAUGCUGGUGUUAAUGGUGGCAUAGGUAAUGCACGGCAUGUUGAGUUAUCAAAUCCAAUUUGAAACACACCUCCUUCGUCGUCAUCGUCGUCGCCGUCGUUGUUUAUCUACUGCAUAUUACAAUUAUUCCCAUCAACAACGAUAUCACAGCAGUUGUCAUCCAUCAUCGAGGCAGUGAACAGUUGACACCAAAAAAAAAAAAACCGAAGAAGAAAAAAGUGAGAAACAACAUACAGUUGUUGGAGAGUAAGAUAAACAACACAACAAGUGUCUCACUGUCCGCAUAUACAGAGCAGCUCCCCUGACUCGCUCACAUCGCUUGCCAUCAUUUUUCAUUAAAAUGAAAUAAAUUGCAUUUUUAUUAUUUACAAAAUCCAACACAAGACACAAAAAACGGGAAAACGGAAACCCUUUAGCAUUUGGCCACCACUCGAGGUGUGGUUGGAGGUGGAGGAUUAAACUACAAUAUCCUGGCAUUAAACUGAAGCCGAGAGUAGCAUCAAACAGACAGCCAGCCAGCCAGCCAAACAAUCGUCACUAUUUCUUACUGCCGUUUGCUGCAGUAAGCUCAAUUUUUUGAGGGUGUUUGGGUGGCAAUGUCGCCCGGUUCUUUAAAUGGUGAAGCAGGAGCAGCAGCAGCAGCCGGUUUACUUAUUGAGAGUGGUAGUACAACAACAACAAAUACCUUUCAAAUAGCCGCUAGCAGCAUCAUGGAUUCAUCGAGAGUUUCGACAUGCCUUAUAUCGAUGCUGUUGAUAGUCUAUGGUAGCUUUCGCAGCCUAAACAUAGAACAGGAAGCCCGGGAGCGGGAACUUAAGAAACGCAAUGAAUCAACAACAAAUUUACUAACGGGAGAGCCUGUCCAACAGGAGCCAAGUAAAUUUGCUACAUUGGAUACAAUGCAUGCAUUGUGUUUGCCCUUAGGCGCCUCUAUAUCACUGUUAAUUAUGUUCUUCUUUUUUGAUUCAAUGCAACUGUUGUUUGCCGUCUGUACCGCAAUAAUUGCCACAGUGGCUUUGGCCUUCCUACUCUUGCCAAUGUGUCAGUAUAUAAUACGCCCCUGCACUGAUGGCACACGAAUUUCCUUUGGAGUAUGUGGUCGCUUUACUGCCGCUGAACUAUUUAGUUUUACCUUAUCUGUGUCAAUUGUUUGUGUGUGGGUGCUGACUGGUCAUUGGCUGUUAAUGGAUGCUAUGGGCAUGGGCCUUUGUGUGGCCUUCAUUGCAUUUGUACGCCUACCCAGUCUCAAAGUCUCCACUCUCCUGCUGACCGGCCUGCUAAUCUAUGAUGUAUUUUGGGUUUUCUUCUCCUCGUACAUAUUUAGCACAAAUGUUAUGGUGAAAGUUGCCACACGGCCCGCAGAUAAUCCCGUUGGAAUUGUGGCGCGAAAACUGAAUUUGGGAAAUAUGGUUAAAGAGGCACCGAAAUUGAAUUUACCGGGAAAACUGGUUUUUCCCAGCAUACACAACAGUGGCCACUUUUCAAUGCUGGGCUUGGGUGACAUUGUAAUGCCUGGUUUGUUGCUGUGCUUUGUGCUGCGUUAUGAUGCCUACAAAAAAGCUCAGAUUGUAACAAACGAUCAAAUGCUACCACCGCCAAAGGGUGUCGGCUCAAGGUUGACAUAUUUUCAUUGUUCCUUAUUGGGUUACUUUCUCGGUUUGCUUACGGCCACUGUAAGUUCUGAGGUCUUUAAAGCUGCGCAGCCAGCUCUUCUCUAUUUGGUUCCAUUCACCCUACUGCCUUUGUUGACAAUGGCUUAUUUAAAGGGCGAUCUACGCCGUAUGUGGAGUGAACCAUUUAUUACCCAACAACCUUCAAAACAACUGGAAGUCUGAGUGUUUUUCUUCAAACGAAAAUACUUUUUUUUAUCACUACUACUACUAUUACAUCUAUUAUAACUUAAUGUAUAAAUGAUAAGUUAAUUACAACACAUCCCCUCACAUAUACACACACAAUCUCCUCCCACUCUCUCUCCCUCCCUCAUUUUUGUUUUUAGUAGUAAAGGAAAAAAAGAGGAUUUUUUUUACAAAAUGAAAAAAAGGAAAACCGUAAAAGCAUGAAGAAUAAAUAACAAAUUUUAUUUAAGCAUAAGAUAGGUUAGAUUUUUUUGAGAAGUUAUUUUUAAAUGCAUUUCGUUUUGUAAGUUCUAGAAUAUUUUUCUAUUAAACAAUUAUCCUUCCAUUAUUUACAUGUCGUUGUAAUGUUGUUUUUCUCCAUUUUUUUUAAUUUUUAUAUUUAAAAAUUUUUUUUUUUCAUAAUUGAAUUUUUCAUUCUAGGAGGAUUUUGGUGUUUUGCAUUUGUUUUAAGUUUAACGUACCUUUCCUACAAUUCCUCCCCCCACCCCAAAAACAUCUAAGGAAAUUUUUGUCACAUUACUUACAACAACAACUACAUAUACGAAAGCAAAUUUUAGAAAAAAACAAACAUAAAAACAGUAAAAUAAUGAAAAUAACACAACAACAACAACAACAACAACAAAAAUAGCAACUAUAUAAUUAUUAUAAAUAAACUUAAAAAAAAACAAAGUGCAUAGUACUAAUAAUAUAACAAAACUAAAAAAUCUUGAAAUUAUGCAAUGAACAAAAUAAUGCAAACCAACAAACAGAACAAAAAACUGAAGGAAAUUAUCUCUCUCUCUCUCUAAUGAAAAUUAAACAAAAAGAAAUUUUAUAAAAAUGUAUUUUAUUGUAUUAAGUCGGACUAAACUGUAGUUGAAUUACUUUAUAAUGAAACUAUAAAAAGUCAUUAAAGAAAAUGGAAUAUAUAUGUUACAUACAAUAACACUAUAUACAAAAAAAGAAAUCCUCCCAUUUAAUUAAUUUUCUUAUUCCUAGUAGUUUUUGUUUUUCAAGCUUCUAUGCCCGAUAAGUUUGAUAUUUAUAUCUUCAUAACUUCUUUAGUGCUAAAGAAAAAAAUGGUUAUAAUAUUUAAGUAUAUUAUAAGUAGAGUCAUGAGUUGUAUGCAAAAUCAAACUUUUUUCAUCUAUUAUUUGGCAGAUGCGUUGGUAUAUUGCUUAUUUACUAUCGAAAUUGCAGUUUUCAAGCAAUGCCCUGCACCAAACCACUGAAGGCUGAACUGUAUUUUACGGGGUAGUUUGCAAAAAAAUUAAAUUUUUUGCAUACCUCCUAAUUUUGACCCCAGGAACCUGAAUAUGAAGUCCGUUUUUGGGACUCGGACCGUUUUAUCGGACUCCAGGCCCCAUAGGAAUUUCCCGGGUCAAAUUGUUGGAUAUUUGAUUGCAUAUUCGUAAUCUACUAAUCAAUGCCUUUCAUUUGAUACCCAUCUAUGUUAGCC